AUGUCAAACCAACGACUUACAACUGGUGCACUCCUGAGAUAUUUACGUGGAAAUAAUAAGGAAAAGGCAAUAUUACAAGUUGUUGGUAUAAAAACAAUUGAUAGUAAAGUUGAUGAUGCAUCAGCACUUACUAAACGUUAUCGUCUUAUGCUAUCCGAUGGCAGAUGCACCUUUUCAUCAUGUAUGCUUGGUACACAACUGAAUAGAUUAAUUGAAGCAAAUAGUUUAAAAGAAAAUGCAAUUGUUCGUAUUGAUCGUGUGAUGGUCAAUGCAAUUGAUAAACAAAAUGGAAGAUUAAUGCUGAUGAUUCAUGAACUUGAAGUUAUUCAAAGUGACAGUGAACGAAUUGGUGACCCUGUUGCUUUACCAUUGACUGAUAUUAUUAAUAAUGCCGGCGGUAAUGCAAAUCGUUUCGAGGCAACAGAUAAUUUCCAACCAGCAACAACUCUAGUACCUCCAGCUACAAAUGUUAUUCGUCAAGAUUCGAACGUCUUACCAACAAUCGAUGGUCGAAAUAAUGCAAAAAAUUCAAAUAGCCAUAAUAAUAGUUUAUCUGCGAAAGGAGGCAAUGUUAUUGACAAAGAUCGAGUAAUGAGUAUUGAUACAUUAAAUCCAUAUACUAACAAAUGGACAAUAAAAGUUCGAGUAAGCACCAAGGGUGCUAUUCGAACUUAUCAAAAUGCACGUGGUCCAGGAAAAUUAUUUAAUUGUGAUCUUGUGGAUCAAUCAGGUGAAAUUCGUGCAGCUGCUUUUAAUGCUGAUUGUGAUAAAAUACAUGCAAUGCUUGAAGUUGGAAAAGUUUAUUAUAUAUCUCGAGCAUCGCUUAAGCCUGUCAAUCGACAAUUUAAUUCUUUAAAACAUGAUUAUGAAAUGGCAUUUAAUCAUGAUACAUGUAUCGAACUGUGUGAAGACGAUGACGGCAAUUCGAUUCCCAAAGUGCAAUUUAAUUUCAUUCCAAUUAGUGAAGUAGCCAAUCGAGCACCUAGUACCAUUUGCGAUGUAAUCGGUGUUGCAAAAAGUGCCGCUGAUUUAGAUACCAUUAUAAGUAAAACAUCACAAAAAGAAUUUACUAAACGUGAUAUACUGUUGGUUGAUGAAAAUGCUUCAAUAACAGCAACAUUAUGGGGAAAACAAGCAGAAGAAUUUCAAGUUUCAUCAAAUCCUGUUGUUGCUUUUAAAGGAAUUCGCAUUGGUGAUUUUAAUGGUCGAACGUUAUCGACAGUGACUUCAACAUUGAUAUCCCAAGAUCCAACGGAAACUUCUCGUACAAUGGAACUUCAUACUUGGUUUGAGAAAGAAGGAAAAUCAAUGGAUUUACCUGAUUUAUCAAAAGGAGCUGAUAUAGGAAAUCAACAAACACCAUUUAAAACUCUCGCGCAGAUCACUGCUGAAGGUAUUGGUUUAAAUGAUAAACCUGAUUAUAUCAAUGUGAAAUGUAUUAUUACAUUAAUUAAAAAAGAUUCAGCUGUUUAUAUGAUGUGUCCACAGGAAAAAUGCGGGAAAAAAGUUAUAGAUGAAAAUAAUGGAUCGUUCAGAUGUGAAAAAUGUAAUAAAACAUAUACCAGUUACAAAUGGUCUUAUAUGCUUGCCGCUGAAAUCUCCGAUGCUACUGGUUCUCAAUGGAUUAGUGCAUUUAGUAAUGAAGCAGAAUCAUUACUUGGUAUGACAGCUGAUGAAUUUGGCAAUCAUAAACUUAAUCAAAAUGAAAAUAUUAUCGAUGAUAUUUUUCGAAAAACAACAAAUCGUGAACGAAUUUUUAAACUUCGUGCGAAGGCCGAUCAUUUUAACGACGAACGAAGAAUUCGAUUUACAUGUAUGCGUAUUAGUGACGUAGAUUGGUCGUCACACGGACGACGUUUAAUGGAAGAAAUCAAACAUAUCGAACCUGUGCAACAUUGA